CUUGUGAAAAAUGUUGCAUAGUGAAGAUGUCUUCAAAAAUAAUGCCAUAAAUAGUUUUCAUUUAUCACUUAAUGUCAUAUAAAGUCCAGUAAACAUAAAAAGCUAAAUCAAUAUUCAGUGUGACCACCUUUUAAACAGCCCCAAUUCUCCUAGGUACACCUGGACACAGUUUUUCUUGGAUGUUGGCAGAUAGGAUGUACCAAGCUUCUUGGAGAAUUCACCACAAUUCUUCUAUCUAUUUCAGCUGUCUCAAUUGCUUCUGUCUCUAUAUGUAAUCUCAGACUGACUCGAUGUUCAGUGGGGGGCUCUGUGUGGGCCAUGCUAUCUGUUGCAGGACUCCCUGUUCUUCUGUUCUAAUCUUUUCUAUUUGCACAUGUAAUGUUUGGGAGCCUAACAUCUAUAUUUCCUAUUGACACACUAAAGCUGAAGAUAUAAAUAACCAUCUUAAGACAAAUGCUUUUGUGAAACAACUUUUGCACAGUACUGUGUGUGUGUAUAUAUAUAUAUAUAUAUAUAACACGGGGGCGUGGUCGAGCAUUCGUCCGGAGAGAAAGCGGUAAGGGUGCACACACUUGAGCGCUAUAAUGCCUAACACCUGUUUCUGAUUGCAGUAAGCACUGGGGAGAGCGAUAAAAGAGGGACCACGCCAGAGACUAGGGAGAUACAGACCAGAGACUGAGUGUCUGUUGCAAGAGUGUGUUGGAAAUAAGCUGAAAAGCAGACUGUGUUUGAGUGCAAGCUGAAAAGCCAUUUCUGUUUCGUUUGAUAAAUAAACUGACUCAUGUGGAGUGUGGAAACCGGCUCUCGGUUCCUCCUUUAUCUGACCAACACAGAACCUUUACAGUAGUAUUAAAGGAAAUAUUAAGAGAGGAGACAGGAAACAGGACGGGAAAAAGAGUGGAACAAAAGGCGGAUUCAAACCCAGACUAUUGUAUUGCAAAUAUCUGCGCUGUGUGGCAGCUGGCCCAUAAGUAUGACCCUCAAAAGGAGGAAGAGCUAAGAAUGUGGAUCCAUGAGGUCACAGGCCGUAAACUCCCAAAGAACUUCAUGGAGGGACUGAAAGAUGGAGUCGUCCUCUGCGAGCUUAUCAACACCCUUCAGCCUGGCUCUGUGAAAAAGAUCAGCAACUCUCCUCAAAACUGGCAUCAGCUGGAAAACAUUAGUAAUUUUGUCCGAGCCAUUCAAGAGUACGGACUGAAGCCACAUGAUAUAUUUGAGGCCAAUGACCUGUUUGAGAACAUCAACCACACUCAGGUCCAGUGCACACUUAUUACGCUGGCUGGGAUGGCUAAAUCUAAAGGUUUUCUCUGUAAAUACGACUUUGGAGUGAAAUAUGCUGAGAAACAACUGCGAAAAUUUGCCCCCGAGAAACUAAAGGAAGGACGCAACAUAAUUGGCCUGCAGAUGGGAACCAAUAAGUUUGCCAGUCAAAAGGGCAUGACAUCAUAUGGCACACAUCGACACCUCUAUGAUCCCAAGACGGGGAUGGAAAAUCCUCUGGACCAAUCAACAAUCAGCCUGCAGAUGGGCACCAACAAAGGAGCCAAUCAGUCCGGCAUGACGGCUCCAGGCACCAAGCGGCAGAUCUUCGAUAAGAAGCUGGACAUGGAGAUGUGUGACACCUCUGUUGUCUCACUGCAAAUGGGCACCAACAAGAUGGCGUCCCAGACUGGCAUGACGGUGUAUGGGCUGCCCCGCCAGGUGUACGACAGGAAGUACUGCUCCAGUCCUAAUGACUACAUCGACAACGGGCAGGACUCAGAGAUGGAUGGAUAUCAGUAUUCCGACUAAGAUGAAUAGACAGCUGCCAGUGCACUGCUUUUAUAAAAAAACAAAACAAAAAAAAACACCUGCCCUAUUUCUGAUAUUCCAAAUUCAUGGUGACUAAUAAGAUCAGCUUGAACUGUUUCUCGACAUCACUGCUACCAAUCAAAGCAGAGUACUUUUGUGACUGACCAUUCGUAGAAAAAAAAAGGAGGACAAAUAAGAGGAAGAUCAGGCAAUCUUGCUUUUUGUUUUUAAACUCGUGCUCUUUUAGCUUCACUUAUGUAGUUUUACUUUUUCGAGUGUGCCAUUCUCCUAUGACUUCAAAUGUAUGGCCCAAUUUUCUUGUGUAUAAAAAAAAAAACUUUUCAAAUUAGAUUUUUAUUUAUGAUGCCUCAUAGUUUUAUAUAAUUUGAGUGGAUUUGGUCUAGCCAGCAGCUAUUAUAGUGUUUAGGGUCUGAUCUGUUCAUUGAAGCUCUUUUGAUUGGAUGAAGGAUGAGGAAGUCCACAGAAGACACCAGUGCUACUGCCCAAUCAAAUCAAUAGAUUCUUAAAGAAGAUCGGCCUUAAUGAACUUUACUGUGUCUGUCUGAUUUCAACUAGGUUGAAUUGACUGUUUUUUUUUACCCUUUUAAAAACAGACCAUAGAUGUUUGGUGCUAUAAGGCUAUAAUUAAGCUGAAAUAAUUAAAUUUUUUAAGUUCAAGUGCAACAUCAACAAUGAGCACAUUUGAUUACUCCCAAAUCCGACAAUGCAAGAAAUCCGUGUUUACAUGACUUUUGAAAUAAUCAUGUUGUUCUCUGCUUUUGACAUCAAACCGUGAAGAGGCAUGCAUACAACACGUGUGCACACUGGUUAAGCCGCUAAGAACACUAGUAAAGGUGUUUACAUGCAAUGCAAAAUUGGGUUAAUGGGCAAAAAUCGACCCAUGUCGAUCGGUUUAUUCUUACGUCGUUUGUGACCUUAUACGGAUAAAGGAAAGAGUAAGUCAUUUUAAUCCAAUACACUUUUUGUCAAAUUCCGCGAAUAUCUCUUCACAGUCCGCUACUGUCCGUUCUGAGUGUGCGCUGAAAAAAUAUCUGGUGUUUGUACACAGUCUCUGUAAAUGGGAAAAUAAACAAAGUGGAUCGGACUGAUCCACGCAACACUAUUCCAGCAUGCAUGAAUUUGGGGGGGCGGAGCUUCUGAAGGAGCACUGAAGGGAGGGGUUUGUUUGUUUGGCUGUUGAGUUCAAAUAUCAACAGUAUGUCUCAGGAAUCACUUACUCCACCUUUAAUGCAUUUACAUGACCACACACGUUAUCGGCUUAUUAACAUAAUCGGUGUAAGAACAUACAUGUUAAUGUGCUCAAUACAUAAAUAGAGCACUAAGUUUUCCCAUGGUUAUUUGUAAUCAUGUUUUUACACCAAUUAUGCAUAAUAAGCCGAUGUGAGUGGUCAUGUAAACGCAAUGAACAGCGUUCCUUUAUCAGUGUAAGGCCAUAAACGCAUAAGAAUAAACCGAUCGACAUUAACCCGAUUUUGCAUUGCAUGUAAACACCUUUACCCGUGUUCUUAAUGGCUUAUCCAAUGUGUGCACAUGCCUCUUCACGGUUCGACAUCAAAAGCUGAAAAUAACUCGAUUAUAUCAAAUCUCAUGCAAAUGCUUUGUCUGAUUUUUUAAAUAAGCUGAUUUUUGGGAGUUAUUAGCGAAUUGGUGUGCAUGUAAUCAGGCUCAGGUUUACAUGCACACCAAUGUGCUGAUAACAAAAAAUCAGGUUAUUCAAAACAAAAUAAAAAUCCGACAAUGCAAGAAAAAUAUAGAAAAAUAAUCAGGUUCUUUUCUGCUUCUGAAGCCAAAAGGUAAACAGUCAUGUACACAAAACUUGCGUUUAUUGGAUAAGCUGGUAAAAACACCGGGAAAGGAGUUUACAUGCAAUGGGACAUCGGGGUAAUGGGCAAAUCUUUUUUUUUCUUCUUCUUUAAAUUGUUUAUGACUUUACCCCGAUAAAGGCAAAGUUUAAAUGCAUUUACGUGACCACACACAUUGUCAACUUAAGUAUGAUCGGUUUAAAAACGUGCAUGUGAACAUGCUCGUCUUAGACCAAACCCUUACCAUUACUUACCCAUCAAAACAAGGUUGAUAAGAACGUGGUUCCAGCACACCUUACCCAAAACCUAGCCCCUAAAAUCUUGGUUGAACAUUAUUUCUGGACUAAUUAGGAUUUAAGUCACAUUACUCUUUAACUCACCAGAUAAGCUGUAUGAAUAUAGCUAGAAAUUGCACGUUAAGUGCAUGUCUUCCAGAGUGCAGAUAAUACAUCAGACUAUAGAUUGCCACUACAGAUAUUUUCACGAAACUAUUCAUUUACAUUUUAGUACAAUUGAAUUACUACUUAUUGGGUGAAACUAUGUUACUGAAAAUUUUAGAUGCCUCUAUUAGUUAGAGAUAAAUUAGAAGUCUGUCCAAAUACAUUUCAGGACGACAUUCUGUUUUUUUUUGUUGUUGUUUUUCUAAUCACUUGCCAAAUUUAUCUCCAUUGACUGAUGUGUUAGAGCUAGUCAAUGUGAUUUUUCCAUGUGUUGUUGAGAGGCAGUUUUAGAUUACCAGAAUAUUCUGUUCAAAAUCAUGAUAACAACAACUGAGCUAAAUGUUAAUGGCUCUUUUAAGAGGAAUGAUUGUCACACACAAUUGUUAUAUGCUCAUAAAAAAUAAAAAAAGACUUUAUAAACUUGCAUAGGCUUAAAUGCAAGCAUAACUGGUCUUUAGUUUGCCAAACCUGACCCAAAAAUCCAAGUAAACAACCAUGUGAGAGGGAAUAUAAUCAUGCAAAGCGCAAACCCAAAAAGGAAAUUAAGUCAGGCUAGAUGGAAAGAGUGCAGAGUCCUCUAGUGGCUGUAUAUGACAUGACAGGUUGAAUGUGCAUCCUCAUUUAUGGCUUAAUAUUUUGUUUAGAAAUUGUUUAUAUACACCGAUCAGCCACAACAUUAAAACCACCUGCCUAAUAUCGUGUAGGUCCCCCACGUGCCGUCAAAACAGCUCUGACCCAUCGAGGCAUGGACUCCACAAGACCUUUGAAGGUGUCCUGUGGUAUCUGGCACCAAGACGUUAGCAGCAGAUCCUUUAAGUCCUGUAAUUUGUGAGGUGGGGCCUUCAUGGAUUGGACCUGUUGGUCCAGCACAUCCCAUAGAUGCUCAAUCGGAUUGAGAUCUGGGGAAUUUAGAGGCCAAGUCAACACCCUGAACUCUUUGUCAUGUUCCUCAAACCAUUCCUGAACAAUUUUUGCAGUGUGACAGGACGCAUUAUCCUGCUGAAAGAGGCCACUGCCAUCAGGGAGUACCGUUGCCACGAAGGUGUGUACGUGGUCUGCAACAAUCUUUAGGUAGGUGAUACGUGUCAAAGUAACAUCCACAUGAAUGCCAGGACCCAAGGUUUCCCAGCAGAACAUUGCCCAGAGCAUCACACUGCCUCCGCCGACCAGCCUUAUUCCCAUAGUUCAUCCUGCUGCCAUCUCUUCCAUAGGUAAACGACGCACAUGGCCUUCAACAUGAUCUGAAAGAAAACAUGAUUCAUCAUACCAGGCCACCUUCUUCCAUUUCUCCAUGGUCCAGUUCUGACGCUCACAUGCCCAUUGUAGGCGCUUUCGCCGGUUUACAGGGGUCAGCAUGGGUACUCUGACCCCUGUAAACCAGGGUCAGAGUACCUUCAGCUACGCAGCCCCAUACGCAGCAAGCUGCGAUGCACUGUGUGUUCUGACACCUUUCUAUCAUGGCCAGCAUUAAGUUUUUCAGCAAUUUGUGCUACAGUAGCUCUUCUGUGGGAUCAAACCAGACGGGCUAGCCUUCGCUCCCCACGUGCAUCAAUGAGCCUUGGGCACCCAUGACCCUGUCACCGGUUCACCGGUUGUCCUUACUUGGACCACUUUUGUUAGUUACUAACCAUUGCAUACCGGGAACACCCCACAAGACCUGCCAUUUUGGAGAUGCUCUGACCCAGUCGUCUAGCCAUCACAAUUUGGCCCUUGUCAAAGUCGCUCAGAUCCUUACGCUUGCCCAUUUUUAAAGGAAUAUCGGUGAUGAUCUGGGGACGCUUCAGUAAGGCUGGAAUUGGGCAGAUUCGUCUUUGUGAAGAACGCAUGAAUCAAGCCACAUACAAGGUUAUCCUGGAAGAAAACUUGCUUCCUUCUGCUCUGACAAUGAUCCCCAACUCUGAGGAUUGUUUUUUCCAGCAGGACAAUGCUCCAUGCCACACAGCCAGGUCAAACAAGGUGUGGAUGGAGGACCACUGGAUCAAGUCCCUGUCAUUUCUAGCCCAAUCUCCAGACCUGAACCCCAUUGAAAACCUCUGGAAUGUGAUCAAGAGGAAGAUGGAUGGGAACAAGCCAUCAGACAAAGCAGAGCUGCUUGAAUUUUUGCACCAGGAGUGGCAUAAAGUCACCCAACAGCAAUGUGAAAGACUGGUAGAGAGCAUGCCAAGACGCAUGAAAGCUGUGAUUGAAAAUCAGGGUUAUUACACCAAAUACUGAUUUCUGAACUCUUCUUAAGUUAAAACAUUAGUAUUGUGUUGUUUAAAAAUGAAUACGAACUUGAUUUCUUUUCAUUAUUUGAGUUCUGAAAACACUGCAACUUUUUUGUUAUUUUGACCAGUUGUCAUUUUCUGCAAAUAAAUGCUCUAAAUGACAAUAUUUUUAUUUGGAGUUUGAAAGUAAUGUUGUCAGUACUUUAUACAAUAAAACAAAAAUGUUCAUUUUACUCAAACACACACCUAUAAAUAGUAAAUCAAGAGAAAAUGAUAAUUUUGCAGUGGUCUCUUAAUUUUUUCCAGAGCUGUAAAUAUAUAUAUAUAUUUCUAAGGCUUACCAAAAAAGGCUGAGCAGGUGAAAAACUAAAUAA